CGAGGAAGCAGGUCCAAGCGGGUCUCGCGCGCGACAAGCUUUCCCACUUUCGCCCCCAUUUUCCCACGCUCAGAUCUGAAGGACGACAACGACAACCUCCGACAACUCCCAUCCUUCUCUCCCUCUUGCUAGCUUUCGAUGCCUAGCACCACCAACUGGUGGCAGGUGCCGGGCGUCAUCUUCAACAACUUUGGUGCUUCUGCAACCUCUGCCGGCGGAACGCUGAUCAUCGAGCGCGUCAACAACCAUGCCGCCUCAACCACCGCUCAGUCUCAAAGCUCUCUCGUCAGGCGAGCGCCGCUGGUCCCAGUCUCGAACCUCACAGGAGUCGUGCUGGGUCGCGCGCGUUCAUCCGACUGGCACCGCUGCGACGGUUUCUGUUUAACCGCAGACAAGCCAGUCGCGGAGUGGGUAUUUGGUAGCCAAAUCAUCUCGGGUGACCACGCUCGUAUCUUCUUUGCGAAAGGACAGGUGCUACUCGAGGACUUGAAGUCCAAGAACGGCACUUUUGUCUGCAAAGGCGUGACCGAGUUCGGCAAGCCUUUGCCUCCAAAGCUUGCUGCGGAGGCGCCUUACACACUCGUGACCGGCGAUAUUGUCGUCUUGGGUGUGAAGAUGGUGGGUGAACCACUGGUUGCUCUGAGAGUUACUUGGGUGCCCAAGGCUAGCCCUCUUUCUGCUUUCCCUGCUCCUUGUACUGCUCCCGUUGCUACUACUACUGGUGUCGUUCCUAUGUUUGUUGUUGACAAAGUCGGCUCGAAAGCGGUAAGUGCAUCGAGCGAUAUCGAAAGUAUCCUUAUCCGUAGCGAUGCGCGGCGCAACAAUGCUUGAGGUUGAAAGCGAUAGCGAUAGCGAGCGGAGUGAGCUUCGAAUCUUCUGGAUUCAUUGCGAACAGAGCGCGCCAUCUGGUUCUUCUUCUCGGAGGAACCUCGCUGCACGAGUUUAUACGAGUCUCACCGCCCAACAUUCUUGUUCGCAAGCGUAGCUAGUCGGGUAUCGCUUCUCGCACAUUAUAAGCGACGUCUCAACCACGGCAGUAGCACCCAAACCGGCCCUCCCGGAAGGUGCGUCUUCA